UGACGUUAGUGUGAGAACUCUCAAAUUGAUGUAUGAUAUGAAAAACAGUAUUUUUUUUGUGCAAAAUUUAAAAUGAUAAAUGGAACUAUAAAUAUCAGAUGAGACCUGGAUUCUUUCCAAAUUUGCUGUAGUAUUUUCCAAAUAUAUCCACAAUGACAACCUUCAUCAUUUUGGUAGCUUUAACCAUCGCAACAGUCCUACCACCAGUGAACACCCUAACAUUAAGAUGCAACAACAGCAUAUUUUGCACCGGUCCCUUACUCCAUCUGAUACAGAUGUCCAAAAUCUUCGCAGACUCCAAGACGUUUGUCGAUAUGAAGAUGUUGCAUUCCCCAGAAGAAGUCUUAGAGAACUGGGAUGAUUUCAUGGAAGAAAACGAGAAGAACCCUAGCAAGUACAACAUCAAGAAAUUCAUCAUGGACAACUUCAAUGAUGGUGAUGAACUCGAAACGUGGAUUGGUAGCGACUACACUCCAACUCCCAGAAUUUUGCGUAAAAUUGAAGACAUGAUCGUGAGAAAUUUUACUGCCAGUUUGAUGACCAUUUGGCAUAAACUUGGAAGGAAGGUGAAGCCUGAAGUGUUUCAAUAUCCUGAAAGGUACUCUUUUAUGCCUAUUCCUAAUGGCUUCAUCAUACCUGGAGGCAGAUUUAAGGAGUUGUAUUACUGGGAUUCCUACUGGAUUGUGAAGGGUCUUCUGAUUAGCGAAAUGAUCACUACUGUUAAAGGAAUGUUGGAAAACUUCUUGUCGAUUAUUGCGCAGUAUGGUUUCGUACCAAAUGGCUCUAGAAUUUACUACUUGAGCAGAUCACAACCACCUGUGACAACAAUGAUUGCUGGGGAGUAUGUAGAGGCCAGCAAAGACAUACUGUGGCUCAAGAAAAACAUCAAAUACUUAGACCUCGAGUUGCGAUAUUGGAUAGAUUACAAGACAGUGAAAAUAAGGAAGGGUGUCCACGUUUACACUCUAGCUAGAUACAUCUCAGAGUGUACCCUUCCAAGACCAGAAUCCUACUUUGAAGACAUAGAAAGUUGCGAGAUCUUCGAGACAGAUAUCAAGAAACAAAAGUGUUUCCAAGACUUGAAGUCUGCUGUUGAAACAGGUUGGGAUUUCUCUUCCAGAUGGAUUUUCGAUGAACAAGGAGGAUGCAAUGCUAACGUAUCUUACUCAGACGCCAAGAGGGUGAUACCAGUAGAUUUGAACUCGUUUCUGUGCAAGAGCUUCAAGCUCAUGAGCAAAUUUUACAGCAUGUUGAAUGACGAGACUAACGCCACAUUUUGGUUGAACAAGUUCAAUUAUUGGAAGAAAGGAAUGGACCAAAUCAUGUACAGCAAGAAGGACGGGGUGUGGUUCGACUACGACUAUUUUGAGUCUAAAUUUAGGCGUUAUUUUUGGCCGAGCAAUCUUACACCUCUCUGGGCUGGUAUUUAUGACCAGCCUGAGUUCGCCAAGCUUGGUAGGGCCGCUGCCUCUUACAUCAAACGCCAAGAUCUGUUGAAAUAUAAGGGAGGAAUUCCUGCAUCACUCCUCCUAACUGGGGAACAGUGGGAUUUCCCGCAUGUGUGGGCACCCUUACAGUCGAUAAUAAUAUUUGGGCUUUACAAUUCUGGCGAUAAUGAUGCGAAACAACUGGCUGCUACGUUUGGGAAGAGAUAUGUCGAGGCUUGUAUAAAAGGGUUUUUGGUCAGUGGAGACAUGUAUGAAAAAUAUGAUUGCAAGGAACCUGGAGCUGUGGAGGGGGGAGGGGAGUAUAUUGCUCAGAUAGGUUUCGGUUGGACCAAUGGAGUGGCUUUGGAGGUUAUUGAUACGUUUUACAAGCGACAAAAUUGAAGGGAUAUGUAACGUGUUAUGCAUUGUAGACGUUGAGUUUUUGCUUUCAAUAAAACAUAGUGAAUUCUUAUUAAAA